GGAAAGGGUGCAGAGAUUUAGCAAAUGCUAUCAAGGAUGAUGUAUUUACAAUAGGGGGAGACACUUGGAAUGGUUUGAAUUGCUUUCGUUUGGGAAGGUUCCUAUAUGUGUGUCGACGUUCUGAAAGAGACCACCAAAUAGUUGUGCUUUUUCAGUCUUUAUUCAUACCCAACAACUUUUGCUUUUCGGUUUCCAAGUAUUUAUCCAACUUUCUUUUGAAAGUUACUGUUGCACCUGCUUCCAUUGCUCUGUGCAUUGCACAUCGUAACUGAUUGUAUUUAAAAAGUCAGACUCAUCAUUUCCCUUUGCUUGUUGUCGCUGGUAAAUAAUCUGUGCUUUCUGAUUAUUAAGCCUCCUGAUCUUUGGGGUGUUGUCCCAAUUCCCCAUCUCCUGCGGUGCUGUCACACUCUGCCUGUUGAUGCUGUUGCAUUGAAGACUCCUGCGCUGCAGGUGGCGCUGUCCUCCCGGGGAGGAGCCGCCGCCGCCUCCGGCAGUUGGUCGGAGCGACUCUAGGGGUCGGCUCUGGACUGUACGGAGAGGGGGACGGGAGUCUCCACAGCGGCGAACCGGACUGGCACAUCUCGGUGUGAGUGGACGGAAAGGGUGAAGGGCAGUAUGAGUGAAGCGGCCUGGCGAGGACGGUCCCGCAGCUCGGGCGGAGUGUCUCCGGGAGGUGAGGAGUUUCUCUUCAGUUUUUCUCCAGUGCAGAAGAGAUGCUCUUCUCGUUGGUUCCAGAUACUUGCUGUGAAAAUGAGGCAGCUGUCAUGACGUCAGCAAGCAGCGAUGCCGUUCUGACUUCCUCCUUGUAUCUUGAAACCAAGUGGAAGUUGCGUACAAUCAGGGUACGUAGCUGCAUUCUUAACAUCCCCGGUUUUCUCUUGUCAACUUGCCAACUAUCUUUUGGUAGAGGAAGGUGAAAGAGUGCAUUGUACAGAUAUACACAUGCUAUAUUUAUGAAUCUCACACUCUGAAUUUUGCUGACAGUCCUUGAAUUAGUUUUAAGUUGUGGAAGGACUUUGCUAAAAGCAAGAUGCUUAUCAAGGAAUACCACAUCCCUCUUCCCAUGAGUGUUGAGGAGUAUCGUAUUGCACAACUCUACAUGAUCCAGAAAAAGAGCAGAGAAGAGACUUCUGGAGAAGGGAGUGGUGUGGAGAUCCUUGAGAACAGACCAUAUAAUGAUGGUCCAGGUGGUUCAGGGCAGUAUACCCGUAAAGUCUACCAUAUUGGUAUGCACAUCCCCAGUUGGUUUAGGUCUAUUUUACCGAAAGCUGCAUUGCGUGUUGAAGAGGAGUCCUGGAAUGCUUACCCCUAUACCAGAACAAGAUAUACCUGUCCCUUUGUGGAGAAGUUUUCCAUUGAUAUUGAAACGUAUUAUAAACCUGAUUCAGGAGAUCAGGCCAAUGUAUUUAACCUCUCAACUGCUGAAAAAAGACUGAGGAUGAUUGAUCUGAUUGAUAUUGUCAAAGAUCCCAUUCCUCCUCAUGAAUACAAAACAGAAGAAGAUCCUAAAUUGUACAAGUCUUUCAAGACAGGAAGAGGGCCUCUAUCUGAUAACUGGAUACAUGAGUGCAAGAAUAAGCCUGGAAAAAUGCCAAUUAUGUGUGCGUACAAACUCUGUAAAGUAGAGUUUCGAUACUGGGGAAUGCAGUCCAAAAUUGAAAGAUUCAUCCAUGAUGUGGGUUUAAGAAAGGUCAUGCUGAGGGCUCACCGCCAAGCAUGGUGUUGGCAGGAUGAAUGGUAUGGCCUGACCAUGGAGGAUAUCCGGCGACUAGAGCGUGAAACACAACUCAUGCUGGCUCUGAAGAUGGCCGAAUUCAUGACUCAGUUCAACUUAAACGACAGUGAAGCCGAGCAAACUGGUCCAAUUCAAUCCUCCAAUGAAAGAGAUCUAGACAUCAACAAUUCCAUAAUCAAACCAGCACCUGAAAAUGUCACCGUGAAGGAGUACAGUGGCUCGUUAACAGAAAAAUCACUAACCAAACAGUGGUCGACAUCAUCCAAAUCAUCACGUUCAUCAAAAAGAGGAGCCAGCCCUUCACGUCACAAUAUAGCAGACUGGCGAAUGCAAAGUAUUGCUCGAGACUCUGAUGACAGCUCUGAUGAUGAAUUCUUCGAUGCACAAGAAGAUUUUUCAGACAAUGAGGAGAUCUUCCCUCAAGAAAUCACAAAAUGGAAUUCAAAUGAUCUUAUCGAUAAAAUUGGAGGGAGUUGUGAAGCUGAGGAGAGCAAAAGUGACAUAUACCAAGGACAAUUAACAGAUUGUGUUCCUACCAGUGUCGAGCAGCUCGAUCAUAUUGAGAUACACAGUCCUGUUAAAAAUAAGAGUGUCAGUACCAGUAUUCCACAGAUUACAGUUACAAGUGUUCCAACAGAGGGAGGAUCACAGCAGCCUUUGCAGUCCUGCAAGAUUCAUGUCCUUGUCCUCAUUCUGCAUGGUGGCAAUAUUCUGGACUCUGGCAGUGGAGAUCAAACCUCCAAACAGGCUGAUGUCAACACCAUCACUUCUGUCUUUGACACGGUGAUGAGAGUGCACUUCCCUGCAGGCCUAGGCCACAUUGCAGUCAAGCUGGUUCCAUGCCCAGCCAUCUGCUCAGAAGCCUUUUCACUCGUAUCAAACCUCAGUCCCAUGAACUAUGAUGAAAGCUGUUUGUCGAACAGUCAAGAUCAUAUUCCACUGGCUGCACUUCCUUUGUUGGCAACAUCAUCUCCUCACUACCAGGAGGCAGUUGCUACGGUGAUUUUCAGAGCAAAUCAAGUGUACAGCGAUUUUAUCAAAUCACAAGAGGGUGUCUCCUUUAGUGGCCAGGUAUGUUUGAUUGGAGAUUGUGUUGGGGGAAUCCUGGGAUUUGAUGCACUCUGCUUCAGUAAUCAGACAGUCUCUGAGAGCCAGAACAGUAGCAGGAGAGGCAGUGUUGUGAGUGUACAGGACAAUGAUCUAUUAUCUCCUGGUAUAGUUGUGAACAACAGCUGUAUGUGCAAUGCUUCCAACCUGGAAACCAGCAGGCAUCUCAGUAGAAGCAACAUUGACAUUCCUCGAAGCAGCAUGGAUAAUCCAAAUAAACAGCUGCCAAGAAAGAGAAGUGAUUCUUCAACAUAUGAGCUUGACACAAUUAAACACCACCAGGCUUUUCUUUCAAGUUUGCAAUCUAGCGUUUUUAAGAAUGAUCCUGGGUCAAGACGAUCUAGUAGUUCAACCAUGCUGGAAGGAGUAAACCCUGGGAAGUUUGAAUUUGAAGUGACUGACUUCUUUCUGUUUGGCUCUCCCUUGGGACUGGUGCUGGCAUUGAGGAAGACAGUGAUUCCAAGCUUGGAUGUCUACCAGUUGAGACCAGCGUGUCAACAUGUUUACAAUCUCUUCCAUCCAGCGGAUCCUUCAUCUUCCCGCUUGGAGCCACUUUUGGAGAAGAAAUUCCACCUGCUCCCACCAUUUAAUGUUCCCCGGUAUCAGAGAUUCCCACUGGGUGAUGGCAGCUCUGUUCUUCUGGUUGAGACAAUCCAGAACAACCCCACCCUCAUCCUGGAAACUCCAUUUGUGACUCUCCAACGACAGGAGAGUGUAAUGGAAACUAGUAUUCCUGUUCCUGUCCUUAACUGGCAAGAUGGUUCCAGUAGGAAUCCAACUGUUGCAGAGUCAGACGUUAUUCAGUCUCAUGCUGGUAUCCUCAUGGAAAGUUCAUCACCUUCCUCCCCCUUAACAGCCCCAAUUUUCCGGGGAUUCCGGAGGGCCAGUGAGGUCAGCAUUGCCAGUCAGGUGUCGGGAAUGGCAGACAGUUACACAGCUUCCAACAUUGCAAACAAGCAAAAUUAUCACCCAAAUAAUUGCAAAAAGUUGGCUUUCUUGUUCAAACUUGUCCCACACAACAAAGCCCUUGCAAAAUACACUUUCUCUCAGGGCUAUAAUCAGUCCAAACAGAAUCAGAACAAGCAAAAGCUGAAACAGAAUUGUGUGAAUUCUGCUGCAAAACAGAGUCCAACACAACAGAGAGUCUCAGAGGUGGACAUCCAGACAGUUGCAGCAAGGUGGUGGGGAACGAAGAGGAUUGACUAUGCUCUCUACUGCCCAGAUGCUCUAACAGCUUUUCCAACUGUAGCCUUACCUCAUCUAUUUCAUGCAAGUUACUGGGAGUCAACAGAUGUUGUUUCAUUCCUACUGCGACAGGUAAUGAGACACGAAAAUGCAAGUGUUCUGGACCUGGACGGGAAAGAGGUUUCUGUAUUUAGUCCUUCAAAACCACGUGAAAAGUGGCUUCGCAAGAGGACGCAAGUUAAGAUACGGAAUGUUACAGCAAAUCAUCGAGUGAGUGAUGCUAUUGUUACUGAAGAUGGUCCUCAGACACUGACUGGGAGAUUUAUGUACGGGCCCCUGGACAUGGUCACACUGACUGGUGAAAAGGUGGACAUUCAUAUUAUGACUCAGCCUCCUGCAGGAGAGUGGGUUUAUUUUGACACUGAUAUUACAAACAACAGUGGUAGGAUUUCCUACAUCAUCCCAAAAGACAAAAGACUGGGAGUUGGUGUCUAUCCAGUAAAAAUGGUGAUUAGGGGAGAUCAUACGUCUGGAGAUAGCUACAUUACUGUUCUACCAAAAGGAACAGAGUGUGUCGUGUUUAGUAUUGAUGGAUCAUUUGCAGCCAGUGUUUCCAUUAUGGGCAGUGAUCCCAAGGUCAGAGCUGGAGCAGUUGAUGUUGUAAGACACUGGCAGGAUCUUGGCUACUUCAUUAUAUAUGUAACAGGGCGUCCCGAUAUGCAGAAGCAGAGAGUAGUGGCUUGGCUGGCUCAACAUAACUUCCCCCAUGGAAUUGUCUCCUUCUGUGAUGGACUCGUCCACGACCCCCUCAGGCACAAAGCCAAUUUUCUUCGCAGCCUCGUGCAAGAUGUGUCCAUGAAGAUUCAUGCAGCGUACGGAUCCACAAAGGAUAUUUCGGUUUACAGUUCUCUCGGCUUAUCACCAUCACAAAUCUACAUUGUAGGUCGCUCAUCUAAAAAGUACCAGCAUCAAUGUCAGUUUUUAUCAGAUGGAUAUGCAGCACAUCUAUCUCAGCUGGAGUAUAGCCAUCGAUCCGGUCCUGCUAAAAGUAAUUCCAGAAUGGUACUGCGCAAGGGCAGCUUCGGGUUACCCGGGCAGACGGACUUCCUGAGGAAACGGAACCAUUUGCUGCGCACUAUCUCCAGCCACCAAACGGCAUCCACAGCCCCAAAGCCUGAGCGGACACACAGCCAGUCUGAUAGUGAGCGGGAUCGAGACAAGGAGCGUAGUCAAAGGAGCAUGAGCAUCACUGCAGGAUGCUGGGGUCGCACAGGCAUAUCAAAACUGGAAUCUGGUGUUUAACAGAAGGGGCAAGACACUGGGAAAAGAUAGCAAGACGGCUUCAGGGAAAUGGGUCAGCAUAACAAAUGAAAUAUCUGCUGCUGACAUGAGCAUUGAAGCAAGCACUGCGGGUGAAAUGGGUACCAUGGUGCUAACAAAAAGAUACUGAAGAUGUAAACUCAUUGUGUUUAGUGUGAACUGCAGGCCUUAACAAUGCAGUGUUGCAUUGGGAACACUAGCUGUAAAGUAAACCUUCUCUUAGUCAUAGAGACAUAGUUCAGACUUUUAGACCCUGCUUAAUUCUGCAUCUUUUCUAUUCAGGGUUUGGCAAUGACUACUGUAAAUAUCCAUGCCUCCUAUCCAAAUAACUUAUAGUAUGUUAGUUCACUAGGUUUCUGUUGCUAACCAGACAUUUCCCAUAUGUUUUCUUGAAAUUCAGCAAGAACAUCAUGUAAGAUUAGCUGUUAUUUUUCAUGCAGUUUAGCUUUAUUAGCUCGAUACUGUAAAACCUCAGUUUUUGCACUGAUUAACUUUAGAUUGGAAUUCUGUUACUGCCGUUUGUCACUGCAUCAUCCCUCGUAGUGCAUGAUAGGACCUUCACAUUAAUAUCAGAGUAAUCUUGUGUGUGGAUUGUAAACUUGUGAGGAUUCAAUCCAAGGCAUCUUGCCAAAUUGCCUGAAAUUGCAGAUUAGAAUCAUCCACGUGGAAAUGUUAGCCAUGUUUAAGAAGAACUUGGUUUGUUGAAUGAUAAUAAGAAAUGUAGUAGCAUCCAAUGGAACAGAAUCCAUUUUUGCAGUGAUGAAAAGUGAAUUGUAAAUUAGAUCUCUUGCCAAACAUUUGAUAAAUGAAAUCAAUGUUGGUGGUUCUGUGAUGAUCUGUUUCUGUGAAUUAGUUUAAAAGUCUGUUGUCAGUUGAAUUUGCAUCACUGCUACAUGGAGGAGAUGAGAAUCUAACUCGAGCCUAGACUGUAAUUCCUAUUUGAGGCAGGAGGAAGAGUGCAGCAGAUGUGACUAAAAGUGUAAUGAAAAUUCAAGUGUUGGUCUUUAGGGUUUAAAUGAUGGUUAUUUGUUAAGUGUGUGCUGAUCCAGAGGGUCGGAAAUGAGUAGAUGCAUUAUCUCCUAAUUACCGUGCCAAGUGGCAAUAGGUUAAAGAAUUAACAGAACAUGUGAACAAAGAUACUAAGUUGACAGUUCUUUUAAGCUUCCAUCUGUUCUAUGGACAGUUUAAUUUUCUGUUCAUUAAAUAAGACGUUUUUUUCAUGUUCACAUCGUUACAUUAUCUUACAAGUAUGUGACAAAUACCUUGGUUUUAUGAGAACUGACUCAAGAAAGCUACUCGUAAGUACCAGUGAUGCUUACAUGUAUAUGAAAUAUACAUCAGGAACGAAUGAGUUCUGCAUUGCUACAGGUUUUUAAACACAGUUAGCACAAAUCAUUUGUUGAAAUCAGGUUCUUAAAUGUAGGUCAACCCAUGUGCUUCCGAUAACAAAACCUUGAAUGAUUAGGGUUGGUGUUGUCACAUUUUCUUGUGUGAAUUAUUUGUGUUGGGGUGAGGCUUGGAGACAGAACUGAGAGCCAUUAACCUCUGUCCAGUCUUUGAAAACACCUGACUCUCAAUUUUACUUUAAAGAAGAAGGAACUAACUUCAGUGUUCCUCACAACAAAGAUGGACUGUUUCUCUACAGGUAAUGAGAUUGAAUGCUUCUUUCCAAAAAGAUCACUUUUGAAGUGAGUAAAUUCCCAAUUCCUGAUAAUUUGUCCAGAAUAUAAAUUAUUGUUGGUAUCUUUGCAGCAGUCACCAUCUGCAGACCUGCCUCUACUCUGUGCUUCUUUAAAACCAGCCUCCAGGAGGCAACUGAGUUUGAUGGAACUUUCCUUCCUAAACUUUAUAAUGUGUUGGGGAGGGAAGGGACCUAAUUGUGCGCGGGACUCAUUUGCACCAUUCUGUAUUACAACACUGUGUUCUUCCAAAUCGAGAUAACUGCAUGUAUUUCCACUUAAAUUAGGAACUGUUCCAGGUGGAUUAAUAAGUAAUGUUUUCCUGUUACUGAAAGGUUUGUCCAUUUAUUUAGUACUGGAUGCUGCUGCGUACAACCAUCCACGUUGAUCUACUAUCUCAUUAAAAGGCAAUUGGAGCUGAGAAGAUUUUUGGCAAAUCCCAAAACUUAGCACACAAGAAAGGAAGAUAAACCAUAUAACAGAUGCACUAGAUAGGGGGAUGUUGGAAAUGUUCUAUAACAAUAUGUGUGUAGAUAAUGUAAAGCAAGAUAUGUAAAUGUAGGUCUAAAUAAGGCAAGAGGUAUUUAUUUGUGUAGAUAAAUUGCAGGAGGUGACAAAUCCUUCAAAAUUUAUUAAUAUUUGAAAGUUUGAAUUUUGUUUUGAACAUUAUAUAUAAAAUUGUUUUAUGGACCAAGAAGAAUUUUACUGCCAUUGCACAAGUGCAAUAUACAACCACUAUUCAUAAUCAGUAAUCAUGGCAUUGACAAUCAGUGUAACAUAUGGACUGGAAUAAAUGUGACCUUUUAAUGACUGAAGGCUAAAACAUUCAUUCUCUUCCCUCGUUUCAGAGAUAGGUACCAGUUCCCUUGAGUUUCAGAAUAUGGACCUGAUUUUUAUACAAGAAUGGAACUUACAAUGCGGUGUGGUAGAUGUGGCAGCCAAAGCUGCCAAGAUGUCCCUUUCUGAAUGCAUUGCAUGCAUUUCACAUUGAGUAAUUGGUUACUUUCCCUGAAUAAUUUGAGAUGUUGAUAUUUUCAUUCUGAAUCGGUUCGACCCUUGUUUUGAAGCUGCAAAAUUCUAUUCGUCCCAAAGCUGAAGCAAGUGCCAAAUAAAAUUUUGUGUUUAUAUUUCAAUCUGAAGUAGAGAACUUUCUCGAGGCCCUGAUCAGAAUUUACUUGAGUUUCUUCACUUCCCUUCCCUACAAGGCAGACACUGAUCUCAUGGUGUCACCAUUACAUGUACGAUCUUUUGAGUGUUAAACAAUUGGGUUCUGAAGUCUGCCCUGAGUCUCUAUUAACUGUACAAGGUAAUGGAUGUGCCCUAGCUGUGAACCCAUCAGAGAUGCAAAUUCAGAUCUCCACCAUCUCGCAUACGAGAUACAAGAGGCAAUUGUAGUGUUACGAGCAGAUCAGCAGCCUUUGCAUCAAUUAAGAUCAAUUGAAUUUCUCAGCACUCCCACACAAUGCAGAAACCAAUGUGUAACUCUGCAUAUUGACACAAAUUAUAACAUAUUUUUCCACCAGAUUUUCUGAAAUAAUUUCAAAUCCUAUUUAUUAUGCUGAUAUUUUGAUUUGAGCCAAAUAAAGUUGUAGUUGACAUCAAGGAUUAAUCACAGGGUCAGGCACUUGCUUUAAUAAUGCAGUUAACUAUUCAGCCUUGACUGACAUUUAUUUUUGUCUCAGACUGAUUUCUUUAGAGUAAAAUCAAAUACAGCAAUCCUAUAGCAGUAGGUUUUCUGGCCAAAGCUCAGAAGAAAUCUCUCGCAAUCCUGAGCACAAUCCUGAGUAGACAAACACAAUGGUACAGAUUUCUAGUACUCUGUCUAACUCACUGAAGGGUCACCAAUAAAUCCAGCCAUGCCCUUCAUAAGCAUGUGAACACUUGGUCAUCUUGCUGAUGAAAGGUAAGACAACUUGCUGCAUUUAAGCAUUAGCUGCUGAAGCCUCACAUCACUGUUCUGUGCAAAAUCCAUCGAUAUAUUGAUAACUUUGACAGUAAUUUUUUAUUCAGAAGUGUUUGUUAUAUUUUGUUUAUAGAAAUGUUACAUAUAAACACAACUGAAAACUUGUUCAAUCUGUUAAAUAGCUGAACACCCCAAAUUAACUAAAGACUAUAUUAGAUUUAAGCUGCUGCAAUCAGUCUCCAUUCCUUAGAUUUUGGUUCAUUGUCGGUAGAGAGACCUUUUACAAUCUGUUCACUUGUAUGUAAACACUCCAAACUUGCACAAAUUUCUACUUCUGGCUGUUGUCAUGCAUUGUUAUGCCUAGGUGUGCUUUUGUGCGUAAUUGUAUGUUAUAUGGAUUAAAUGAAAUUGGGACAGCA